CAAGAAGAUGACCACCACCAUGAAAAUAAUGUCUUUUGCUAUGCUACUUGUUCUUUUGUUCUCUAUUGAUGUCGUUGAAGGAUCCGGAAGUUCGUUGUGCUGUAACACACAUGCGAAAUUUGGAGCUUGCAACACAUACCAAGACAGAAAGAGAUGCAACAAAUGGUGUCUUGAUGGAUGUGAUAAUAAGAAAGGCGGUUUUUGCAAACGUUUUGCUGGUGGAGCAAAAAAAUGCCAUUGUUACUGUUAAAAAAAAUAUGUUUU